AUGGCGCUGCUGGGGAAGGCGCAGCAGGCCCUCCAGGAGCAGUACCGCCUGGGUUCGCUGCUGGGCCACGGCGGCUUCGGCAGCGUCUGGGCGGCCACACGGCUCUCAGACCGUGCCCCGGUGGCCAUCAAAAGGGUGCCACGGAACCGUGUCCGGCAUUGGGGUGAGCUGCCCAACGGCACCAGCGCACCACUGGAGAUCGUGCUGCUGCACAAGCAUUUCAUUCGGGCACGGCGGUUCCUGUGCGAGGAGGUGGCGCGGGAGCUGUUCCGCCAGGUGCUGGAGGCCGUGCGGCACUGCACCAGCUGCGGGGUCCUGCACCGCGACCUCAAGCCAGAGAACAUCCUGCUUGACCUGGCCACCGGGCAGGCCAAAUUGAUCGAUUUUGGCUGUGGCACCUACCUACAAGACACAGCCUAUACUCACUUUGCAGGAACACCGUCAUACAGCCCCCCGGAAUGGAACCAGUUUGGCUGGUACUAUGGACAGCCAGCUACCGUCUGGUCCCUGGGCAUCCUGCUGCACCAGAUGGUGUGUGGGGAGCACCCUUUCAGGAGGGGCCACAAGAUCAGCUGGGACCAUCAGCUCUCGCUGCCACCACGGCUCUCUCAAGAGUGCCAAGAUGUCAUCCGGCGGUGUUUAUCCAUGCUGGAUGUGGACCGGCCUUCAGUAGAAGACCUGUUCAGUCAUCCCUGGAUGCAGGAUAGUCAUCUGCCAUAG